GAAUAAUUAUACGGCAGGUUGUAAGAUUCAUUAAGUAAACAUGCUGAUAAGGAAAUAAAUUAGAAUGUUGUCUACAGCUUAACAGUCGUAUUUUUAAGUGUUAAAAAUCAAGUGCAAGAUGAAGAGCUUCCAUAGAUUUUUCAGAAUAUCUUUUAUACUGUUAGUGAUUCUGCUAAUGUUCUCGCAAGAGGUGGAAGCAAGGAGGAAGAUCUUAAGAGGACGCAAAACGCUCACAAGAACAUACAUGAGAACAUCCGCUAUUCCCGGCUGGGUAGUUGCCUUGCUCAUAGGCAUCGCCCAGAUGGUUUUUGGAGGGAUGCUGUACGUUCUGUUGAAGGUCUGCAUUUUGGAUAAACCAAUCCAAGCCAGAUACCAACAAGUCGAACGAGCCGAAGCAUAAUUUUUUCGUUAAACGUGAAGGAAACUUAGUUUUUUACAUUUUACUUUAAGAUGUACCUACUUUAUUUUAAAAUAUUUAGAAUGUAUAAACAGAUUUUAAAAAGUUGGCGAUAUUAAACGAUAUUACUUGUCGAAUAUUUAGUAUUUUUGUAAUUGAAGUAUUUUUAUAUAGCUUUAAAUAUAAAACGUUUGUAAACACGACCACCGCAUUUAUUAAUUUGGUUACAGUUUUGACCCUCUACAUGUACAAAAUUAGAACUGGAUUUUUCAUGACUUCUAGGUAAUAAAAAUUAAAAGAUAAAACAAUAUGUAGUUCUAAAUACGGAAUAGUCGGAAAUAGGAGCAGGACACUGAGUAACGUGAAUAACAAACAUAGAUGACACAUAUUACGCCUUGUAUUAAUCCAUUAUUCAGUUUAUCAAUAGAUAAGAUAAAGAAAUUAUUGAAAAUCCAUCAUUUGUACGAAAUCGCAGAUCACAUACCUAGUCGCAACAAGUGCUUCAACAAAAA